AUGAGUUCUAUUUCUCUAUUAGCAAGCUAUUUGGACCCACAGCGGAAGUCGGAGUUGGCGCAAAAGCUUGCACUGGAACUCGAUUCUUGCUCUUCCUUGUCCCUUUUGUGCGACCUACUUCCAUCUUUAGAUGAUGCAUCAAAGGAUGCGAUCUACCCCACGGUUUUCCAAUUUUGCUCCACAUCCACCGAUUACGAGGUAAUCAGUAGACUAUCAUCGGGACUUCCCAGGUUAAACAAGGACUUAUUCGAAAGGGCCACCUUUACUUUGAAAAACUUCCUUCAAGCUACGAAAGUCAACUACUUGCCAGAAUUUAAGAAGUUGAUCAUUGAAAAAGUAUCACACCAACAAGAUGGUCUUGUAAAUAUAGACUCUGACUCUAUUGUAUCCACGCUCGAAUUCUUCGAGUACAUGUUUAUGAAUAAGCAUGAUGGAAUUGAUUCGGAAUUGGACUACUGCUUAGUACUUCUUCUAGGAUACAGUGAUGAAGAAGUCAGCUCCAAAGUCUCAUCCAUGCUUAGGUGGAGAAUAAAUCAAGAUUCUUCCGAAACGUACUUAGAUACAAAUUUCUUAUGGAAAAGCAUCUUUGCAUUAGAGAAGUCGGAUCUUAAGGUCCACAAGAGCCACUCUUAUGUCUUGUGGCUAAGACUUAUCACAUCUCCCUCCAAGACCAUUGUCAAUACCACGGACCACUACUGGGAGUGUAUUCAAACGGGUUUGACGAGCCCAUCUCACGAACAUAGGAAAUUUUGCUUAUCUAUUCUCCAAGUGUCUAUUAAAUCUAUUUCGAACUCGGCAACCUCAUUUCAAAAUAGUGUGAUGCUGUGGGAAUCAUCUAAAGCUGACCACUACCUCAAGGAAUGGUCAAGAUAUGUGACUCUUUUUGAGAUACUAGCUAUCGACACGUCGCUCCACCAAGCUGAAGCUGGCACGAAAGAUAUCAUAUCUUUAAUUUCUCCUGAAUCGUUAAUCCAUUCAUCCUGGGGCUGGUGCUUACUUUGCACUGGGUUUAGUGCUUCCAUGGACUCAGUAAGGAAAUUUGCAUUAUCGUUGUUAUUAUCCAUUCCUGCUAGUAACCUUUACCUUAUCACGACGGGGUUGCAAUUCUUGACUAAUGUUUUCUUGCCAAAUGCAAUGUUGGCAUCGCACUUCCAUGUAAGAAAGAUUGGAUGUACCAACGAGUAUAACUGUGAAUAUGGUGAAAGACUCCAGAACUUUGUCUACAAUAUUGUUUCAAGCGGAGAUAAAAUUUCGGAUCUGGAUUUAGUAUUGGCUGUCAAUGCUAUACUUAUCACUCUUAAUACUGCAGAAUGCUUUGACCCAGCAAAGAUUUAUGUUUCUUUAGGUUUACUCCAGGGUUUGAAACAAAAUAAAAUCUUGAAGUUUGAUAACGAAAUUACCCUCAAGAACCUAUUAAUACUUUCCGAGUACAGACCCGAAGGUGAAUUAUUUGAGACUGCCUUGCAGACUAUCACCUUGAGAUUAUUGCUAAGUUUCAAAUUGCAAGAUAAAGGAGAUUUAACUAAAUUUUUCAGUGCCUUGCAUAAAUAUGUGAAAUUUAAUGGAACCCGAAUUGUGAAUGAAAACAUGGAUUUAGUUCUUCAACUUUUACUUACCAAUGAUGUCAAGAAAGAGGAUCUUAGAUCGUUAUAUGAAGAAUCGGAAAUUCACAUUCAGGCAUUGAUUUUUGGGAUUACAGCCAGCACAGGCUAUUCAAAGGGUAUCAUCAGCUCUCCUAGCAUUAAUAGUUUACACCUAAUUGCAAUAAUACUACAACAAGAUCUUCAUAAUGAUAAACUACAAAUAAAUUAUGAUGAUUUUGCAUCCAGAAUUUGCGAUCGUGUUGACUUUACAGAUAAAGUGGAAGAGUUAUCCUUCUACCAAACAGUUGCUUCCAUAAAAGAUCAGAAGUGGAACGAUUUUGCUUUGUCGACUACCAAAACUACGGACUCUACAGCCAACCUUUGGAAAAUUAUUUCAGAUGAAGUCCAAUCCAACGAUCAGUUUACUUUGAUAAAUGUGUCAAAGAAACUUAAAUUCAUCAGUAGCAUUAAUAACUGCACAGAUCAUAGACUCAAAUUCACUAUAGAAGAACUCUUGUCAUUUAACUCUAUAUUAUUCAAGAACUCAAGAGAAAUUUCCAAAAUUUCCACAACCUUUUAUAAAGUGAGAGAGGAAGCAUUUGCACAGCUCUAUAAGAUGAUGGCCCGUUUAGUUUCUGAGGAUCCCAUUGAGGAGAUUGCUGUUGUUAGGGUAGUUGAAGUUGUUGAUUGCAAUUCUCUGAAUCCUGAGCUUAAUUUUGCAGUUCUGCAAUUACUCUUUAAUAUAAUAAAUUACCAACAGCUUAGUGUUACUACAUUGGAACUUGUUGCUUCAAAAUUGUUUGAAUUAUGGGAUACCUUGAACUCAGCAAGAUUAUUUUUAAACCAGAAAGAUUUACACUGUCACCUUAUUAGUACAAUGUAUCAUGAAAAGCUUUUAAGGGAAUCUGCGACAAAUGAAAGCAUUGGUUCGAUUCUUUUGAAGUUCGGUAGUGAAGUUUUAGAUAAUGCAUGUGGGAGAAGAUCUAUACUCCCAACCCUCACCAAGCAAAUCUCCGAUUUCCAGUUAAGUAAUGGUAAGGAUUUCGAGACAUGUUAUUGGAUUCCUGAAUUAUUGGUUCGUGGUUAUAUUAUCCAACAACUUACUAGCAAUGUUUUCAGAUUAGAAAAUAUCAUUGGUAAGUUGUAUGAUGAACAAGUCUCAACUACUGGUGAUAGUCGUAUUUACUUCAAAAUUUAUAACUUGGAGGAAAUCAGUGCCAGAAUUAACAUCAUGGCAAUUUUAGGAACUUGUGUUUCGAGCGAAUUUUCAAGAAGAAUCAUUGAUUUCGUCUUCGAGAAUGAAGAAGAAUUUCAUCUUUUGAAUGUGAUAAAGAGAACAGACGGAUUUGAAGAAUGGAGAAGAAUUCAAUUAAUGAGUAUUGUACUUAUUGCAAAUAGAAAUGUAACUACAGACUACAUGAUUGAAAAUUAUUUGACAACUUUUAUUGGGUUAUUGGAGACGGAUCCAAGUCCCUUGGUUAGGAUUUAUCUUGAAUGGAUGAUUGCAUCUUAUUUAUCUGAAAGUGAAGAGCAAACUAGGAAGACAUUCGACUACUUGAAAAAGCUAGUUGACAUGAAUGGAGGCAAGCCAACAUUAUUGACUUCUUACGAAAGAAUAUUGUGUAUGAUGAUAAGUCAACAAGAACCUUUGGAAAGACAAGUGAAUUUACUCACUGAGUUCUUGACUAUUGUAGUUCCCGCUGCCACAUCUAACAAGGCAAUGACCAGACAUUUUUCGUUAUCCUUAAUUUGCUCAAUCUACCCACAGAUUGUCCAAAAGAAGUUGAAUCUUGAUCCAAAUAUUUUUAAGGUAGUUGAAAACAUGUACCAAACUGCCAUCCUCUCAGAAUCAUACGACCAGCAUAGAUCUGGUGACGCCACCUUGUGGGACAUAGUGAAAGACAUGACCUUAGUCAGUAUUUCUGGUGGGGUCUUGCUAAGAGUUAGUGACAGAGAUAUAGAUUUCAUUACCAGAGAAUCAUAUGUCCAGAACUUGACUUCUGACCAACAAUCUGCACUUCAAGUUAAAAUCGGAGAGAACUUCGAGGAAUUAUGGAUAAAGGACAGAAAGUUACAAGGAGAUAAAAAGGUUAUCCAAAACAGAGAAGAAAAGGAAGAUGGCAAGGGUAAUAAGGUUACUCCAUUACAAACCAAGAGUGGUGCCUUAAAUUCCAUUGUUGAUGUAGAUAAUGAAAAGAUCAAUGUUGUUAGAAGCGACCUCAUUGUUGUCUCAUCAUUAGUUGACAAGCCACCUAAUUUAGGAGGUAUUUGUCGUUUGAGUGAUGUCUUGGGAGCUGGUUUGUUAACACUCCAUGAUUUGAAUGUUAAGAAUCAUUCGCAAUUUAAAACCGUUGCUGUGACUGCUGACCGUUGGAUGCCAAUGAUUGAAGUGAAACCAGAAGAUAUCAUUUCCUAUUUCCAUGAAAAGAAACGUGAAGGCUACACAUUAAUUGGGCUUGAGCAGACUGACAAAUCCGUGGAAUUAAACAGCGAGUUGAAAUUCCCUAAGAAGUCAUUAAUAUUACUUGGAAGAGAAAAGGAAGGUAUCCCUGGAGACUUACUUGCAGAAUUGGACUUCUGCGUAGAAAUAAAGCAAGUUGGUGUUAUCAGAUCAAUGAAUAUCCAAACUGCUACUGCUAUCAUUGUUCACGCAUACUCCACUCAACAUUGUUAG